AUGACGUUGCGUGUUCCUACUGAACCCCAGCUAGGUCCUGAGUUUUUGGUAAACGCGGUGGACUUAGACGCGCUGUGGACACAAUUUAAGACGGAAGACCAUGAAAUAUUAGACGGUCUCUCGUUAUUAGGCACCACCACGAGUUACUCUCCGGAUUUACCUUCCGAGGUACGGGAAAUAGUUAAUGCAUCGAAGGCGGUUGCCACGUCGUUGAUACCAAAGGGGGCGGAUGCCAUUGAUUUCUCGUACAUUCAUGAUAGAAUGGCGCCAAAUGCAAAUAUUACUGAGGAAGCUAAAACGUCGUCCUCUCGGUUGCCGGAGAUUCCUUUGCCGACCUUUUCGGGGGAUUUUCGGGAGUGGCCCGGAUUCCGAGAUAAAUUUUCCACGCGGGUUGAUGUUCACACCACCAUUUCGAACGUAGAUAAAAUGUACUACCUGAUUAGUUGUCUAAAGGGUCCCGCGGCUGAGGCAGUGCAAGGUAUUCCUGUAGCCGCUGAUAACUACCAAUUGUUAUGGUCUACGUUAUCGGAUCGUUUCAAUUGCCCGCGCUUAGUAGCCACGUCUCUAGUUGACCAAUUGUUGCAUGCGUCGACUAUGACGCAAGAAUCCCUAACGGAAUUAAGUGCAUUUAUCGGUACAUUCCACGAGAAUCAAUCGUUAUUAACUGCUCUCCAGAUUCCAGACAUGGGCUCCUUUAUUUUAUUUUCAAUGGCGUUCCGAUGUUUGCCUGUACAGACGCGCAAAUUGUUUGAAGCGCAGAGCACGGCGGAUUAUCCGACUCUUACCCAGCUUUUGGAAUUUGUUAGGUCUAGGGUGGCCAUACUUGAAGUAGUGGGUGACACAAAAAAAGGUGGUGUCCCUGUUGUGUCGCAAAAGGGCGUAAAAUUGACAGGCUCGUCAGGCAAGGGGGGAAAACACCCCGGAAAGCGUUUGAACUUUCGGCCAACGUCAUUAGUCGCUGCCAACGGUGAUAAGAAGUGUCCGUGUUGCUCUGAUCUUCAUAAAGUUCCACCGGCGUCGACCGUGUUGCUAGGCACAGCGUUAGUACACGUGCGCGAUCGCGCUGGAUCAAUGCACACGAUGCGCGCUCUAGUAGAUUGUGCGUCGCAAAUUAGCGCGAUUACUGAUGUGUGUGCCGACCGCCUGGGUCUUAAGCGCUCUCGUUGGACCGCGCCGAUUAGCGGCUUGUCCGGUGUUUCAGUAGUCAACGUUCUAGGUCGCGUCGAUUGUGUAGUACAGCUGCGUUUUGCAUCGGAGCCCGCGCUAUCUGUACGCGCGUGGGUACUACCAACCAUAACCGGAGAUUUACCAAAGCAAUCGCUUUCUACCGGAGUAAAAGAGCGAUAUUCCAAUUUGGCGCUGGCAGACCCGUAUUUUGAUAUCACGGCGCCCAUCGACUUGUUGCUCGGUGGCGACGUGUUCGCAUCCAUCAUGGAUGGUCGAAAAGUUUCGUUAGAUACCGAGCUACCUUGUGCGUUUAGCUCAAUUUUUGGUUGGAUUUUGAUUGGCUCUGUUCCCGACUGUCAAACGCACCCGUAUCAAUCAAUUCCUGUUUCUAUGACCGUAUCGAUUGAGGGCCUCAUGGAGCGCUUCUGGCAAGUCGAGGAGCCGGAGAUGGUCCCUGACACUUUUACUGAGGACGGGCAAUGCGAAAAAAUAUUUUGUGAACAGUUUGCGCGUUCUACUUCCGGUCGUUUUUCUGUACCUUUACUUUUCCGAUCGCCGGUGUCAAGCGCAACCUUUAUUGGUUCGCGUGAAGUCGCCGCGCGCCGUUUUGAGAUGCUUGAACGUAAAUUAUCCGGUAAUCCGAAACUGAAGUCGUUGUAUGAUAAGUUCAUGUCGGAAUAUAUUUCGCUUGGACAUAUGUCAUUAGCUCAGUCCCCCGGGCAUUAUUUCAUUCCGCAUCAUGCGAUAUUUCGGCCCGAAAUUGACGCAAAUAAAAUUCGUGUGGUGUUCGACGCGUCGGCGCGCGGGUUCCGUGGUCCGUCGCUGAACCAAUGCUUAUUUCCCGGUCCGAAAUUACAGCAGGAUAUAGUGGAUAUUUUGACCCGGUUCCGCGUAUCUAAACACGUUUUUACAACGGAUAUUUGUAAAAUGUAUAGGCAAAUUUUAAUUAAACCAGAACAUCGCAAAUUUCAGCACGUUUUAUGGAGAGCGUCGCCCCGUGACGCAUUAGCGGACAGUAUCGCCGAACUGUUGAAGCUUCAAUCGGAAUUAAUUUGUGUGCUAAAGCGAUCGGGUUUGGAACUAAAAAAAUGGGCGUUGAAUACCCCGUCUGUGUUGGAAGCUGUACCGAUGGACGAUCGUGUAACAGUCCCGUUGCCGUUUGAAUCCGUUGAAGGGUAUGGUACUAGAGUAUUGGGAUUAGAAUGGCACCCCGAAGGAGAUUUUUUUAGUUGUGCGUUAAGCUUGUCACCGUCGCCUGUAUUUUCGAAACGUGGCAUACUCUCGCUAGUUGCUCGAAUUUUCGAUCCGCUCGGUGUAUUCGGCCCUUCUGUAUUUUUGGCAAAAGUGAUAAUGCAACGUACUUGGUUGACCGGCCUGGGUUGGGACGACCCCCUACCGGCUGACAUCUCUGAUGAGUGGCGAUCGUUUGUGACUGAUCUACCGUCUCUGUUAAAUAUACGCGUCCCGCGGUAUAUUAAUUCAUGUCAAGGCGCGCCGUGUUAUCUGCUAGGGUUUUGCGACGCGUCGCAACGUGGAUACGCGGCAGUAGUUUACGUGCGUAUGGCUGGCGUCUCCGGAAUUCAAUCAGUCUCUCUCAUAGGUACCAAAACUAAAUUAGCACCAACAAAGGCUACCACGAUACCACGUCUCGAAUUAAAUGCAGCGUUACUAUUGGCUCGUUGGUUACGCCGUAUUCGUGACAUAUUGUCCCCUCAGCUUAAUAUAAUCGGUGUUAGAGCGUGGUCUGAUUCUAUGGUGGUACUGUCAUGGUUACAAGUCCCUCAUGAAUCUUUCAAAAUUUAUGUAUCAAAUCGUGUGCACCAGGUUCACACUUUAUUACCAGAGUGCAUGUGGUCGUACGUCGAAUCACAUAACAAUCCGGCAGAUUGUGCGUCGCGCGGUAUAAUGCCAACCGCACUGUCGCAACUUGGUUUAUAUUGGCAAGGCCAACCACUAACGCUAAGCGACCCCUCGGAAUGGGACAAUCCUGUCCCUGCGCUCCCCUUGAGUAGCCUCCCCGAGAUUCAACUUGUCUCGUGCGCCGCGCGCCAUGAUGCCGCACAUACUGAAUGGUUUGAUCGUUUUUCCGAUUACGACCGAAUGUUCCGAGUGGUCGCGUAUAUGCAUCGUUUUAGCGACACAUGCCGCCGCCGUACCGAACCCAACCCACCUGCCUUUUUGCGUAAAUCGGAACUAGAUCGUGCUGCCCGCGUGCUCGUUGUCGCCUCGCAACGCGUUCAUUUCUCUGUACUGUUGCGCGAGUUGUCCGAUAGGAGUCGUAUUUCUGCCAAACCGUUGGCUCGUUUGUCUCCGUUCGUUGACCCUGACGGGGUUAUUCGAGUAGGUGGUCGCCUCCGGCAUUCUAUGUUAAGUUGCGACUGUAAACACCCUAUAUUAAUAGCCAAGCGGUCGCAUUUCGCCGAAUUGUUGUGCCGUCGGUGGCACAUAGCAACCUGUCAUGCGGGGCUGCGAGUUCUGGCCGCACUCAUUACACGCCAGUUCUGGGUCGUGUCGCUGAGGUCUGUGUUACAUCACGUAAUUUCACAGUGCUCCGUGUGUGUACGGCUUGACGGUAAACCGUUACAACCAUAUAUGGCUGAUUUGCCCAGCACUCGGGUGAACCGCGGCGACCGUUUGAGCGCGUGGGGAUAG